CAUCUUUGCGCUGCUUGUUUUCUGAGAGCCAGCCUGUCGUGGAGGUGGACCAAAAAAGCACGGUGGCAUAUCAAAGUAGAGCGACGCCUAUAGCAAAAAUCAAAACCAUCAAACAAGUAGUCCAGUACUACAGUGAAGAUGUUUUUCCGCCGGUCCCUUCGGCGCAUGGCACCCCCCGCUCGAAUAUCCAAAGAGGAUGUGACGACAGCGCUAAGUGGGUCAUCUCUGCUCCACAAAGAUUGGCGAUUUCUCGACGAGGCCACGACCAAACGACCCGACCGUCUACGAAGAGAGCUGCAGUUCACCGACUUCGAAACCGCGUGGAGCUUUAUGUCGAAGGUAGCGCUGCGGGCGGAGAAGGUGCAGCAUCACCCGGAGUGGUUUAACGUCUACAAUCAGGUGCAUAUUGAACUCUCAACCCACGACUGCGGUGGCAUAUCAGAAAAAGACUUUGCCCUCGCAGAGUUCAUCGACCAAUGCGCGACUGACGCUGGAGAAAAUAAAUGA